AUGACCAUCAGUGAGCCAUGUUUCAAGGGAGUAUGGUCCCAGAUAAGAAAGAGAUUAUCCCAAGCUGAUAUGGAAGAAGCAGGAAUGAUAGCAAGACUCCUCUGGACUAGAAGGAAUGACUUUGUGGAUGGGAAGGAACUCAGACACCCAAACUCAAUUAUUCAGAAAGCAGCAGCUGACUUGAUGUGUUUCAGGGAAACUCAGAAUAAAACGUCAGUUGAAACUAACAGGGGAAGCAGACCACAUGUGAAAUGGAAGAGACCCCCAGAAGGAAAGUAUAAACUCAAUUGGGAUGCUGCCAUGGAUGUAUCGAGAGGUCUAGUAGGCAUGGGAGCCAUAAUCAGAGACUAUAAUAGAGAGGUGCUAGCAACUCUAAGAGCAAGAAGGAAAUUGACACUCUCUCCGUUUAAUGCAGAAGCUCAUGCCUUGAUGUUGGCAGUGCUAUUCAGUAAAGAAGCAGGUUUUCUCGAUCUAAUGCUAGAAGCUGACUCUUUACAUGUUGUUGAGAAGCUGGAAAAACCAGUAGAGGACUGGAGCAUAGGAGGCCUUAUAGUGAAAGACACAAGAAAUGUCCUAAAGUCCUUUGUAUCGUGGUCUGUAUGCCACACUAAGAGGGAUGCUAAUAUGGUAGCACACAAGCUAGCCAAGGAUGCCCUUUUAAGUGAUUAUGAUCAAUAUGAUCUAGAGGAGAUUCCAAUUUGUAUUAAGCAACUUGUUGCUACUGAAGCUUUGUAA